UCCUUUGCUCCAUAGAUGCUGCUGCACCCGCUGAGUUUCUCCAGCAUUGUUGUGUACCUAAGAUUUUCAGACCUCUUGUUUCUUCUAAUUACUGUUUAUUUCUUUCAAGAUGCUGCCCAAGGGUUUGAAUGGGGGAAAUAUAUUGAAGAACAGAACAGCAAAGCUGCCUCUGUUGGCUGCUUUAAACAUGUUCCACUAUAUGACCAGUGGGAAGAUGUUACAGAAGGCAUGAAAGUGGAAAUAUUGAAUCAUAACUGUAACCUUCCUAACAAGGUCUACUGGAUAGCCUCAGUCAUCAAAUUAGCAGGUUACAAGGCACUACUGAGAUACGAGGGAUUUGAAGAUGACUUGCAGCAAGACUUUUGGUAUAAUCUAGGGAAUGCAGAUGUCCACCCAAUUGGCUGGUGUGCAACACUUGAUAAACCACUUGUGCCACCUCAGGCUGUGCAAAACAGAACCACGGAUUGGAAAGACUAUCUGUUAAAGAGACUAAUUGGUUCCAAGACCCUCCCAGUUGACUUUCACGACAAGAUGGUGGACAGCAUGAAGUACACAUUCCGACAGGGGAUGAGAGUGGAGGUUGUGGACAAGGGACAGAUUUCACGCACGAGGAAGGCCAUUGUGGACAGCGUGGUGGGCGGGCGCCUGCGGCUGCUGUAUGACGACUGUGAAGAGGACGAUGACUUCUGGUGCCACAUGUGGAGUCCGCUCAUCCACUCGGUCGGGUGGUCCAGGAAAGUGGGCCACAAAGCAAGGCACGGGGAUGGGGGCCACAAAGCAGACACAUACCCCUCAUAUAGGAAGAUCUACUGUGAUGCUGUACCCCACCUCUUCAAAAAGGUUCGAGCAGUUUACACACACGAUGGUUGGUUUAAGGAAGGGAUGAAACUGGAGGCCAUUGAUCCAUUGAAUUUAUCCACCAUUUGCGUGGCCAGUGUCCGAAAGGUGCUACUGGACGGGUAUCUGAUGAUUGGCAUUGACGGCUCUGAGGCGGCCUAUGGAUCAGACUGGUUCUGUUACCAUGCCUGCUCCAAUUCCAUCUUUCCUGUGGGAUUCUGUAAGAAGAAUCAAAUUGCAUUAACGUUACCACAAGGCCACGAGACGGACUUUGACUGGGAAACAUAUUUAAUAGACUCUGGCACUGUGGCAGCCCCUGCUAGUCUCUUUAUUCGGGACAUUCCAUAUCACGGUUUUGAGCCCGGGAUGAAGCUGGAGGCUGUCGACCUGAUGGAGCCUCGCUUGAUCUGUGUGGCCACCAUCACCCGUGUGGUGAACCGCCUGCUGAAGAUCCAUUUUGAUGGGUGGGACGAUGAGUACGAUCAGUGGGUGGACUGCGAAUCGCCAGAUGUGUAUCCAGUAGGCUGGUGUGAGCUGACGGGCUAUCAACUGCAAGAGCCUGUAGCACCAGCUUCUGAAAAACAGGCAGCAGAAACCAACAAGUCGAAGAAGUCGAAGAAGAAACAGAAGGGGAUGCCGUUGGUGAACCAAGGAAUGAAGGAGCAGCCAGAGGCAUUACACAACACAAAAGGAAAGGAGGAACCGACUGAAGAUGAAAUCAUUGCUGUUCAGGUGAAGGAGGAAACCGUUGAGUUAGCAACAUCGGCGGAUCCCAACAACAUGCUGUUCCCUCCGGAAAACCUCAAGCGGGAGCGGGAGGACUGAGCAUAGUCGGACUCCGACCACAACCAGCCGGGACUUGGUCACACUCCCCGAUCCUGUAAGUUUCCUCGGUUGGGGACUGGUCUCGGUGAAGGAAUACUGCAGACAGACAGACAGAAGCUCCCAGACUUUGAAGCUGUGUUCAGUGAAGCAAGCUGGUUCAAUCUGGCUCGGACUGGAUCCAACUAUACGUACAUACUGGGGCUCUUUUGACACUCCUAAGUCUCCGCUGCCGGAAUAAACUAUGAUUUAUCAAUAAGAAUUGCGCAGUGAAAAGCCGAAGCAGUUCUAGGAGAGUGUUACAAAAGCUGCCGUGCAGAGAGUGUUAUUUUUCUCUUAAGUCAUCGGUAUGUCACCCAGUUUUCUUUUCAAUUGAUAUUACCACCCAUUGUAUUAUAUAUUAAACAGACGUCCUGAUGCAGAGGCCCGCUUGCCCUCUGUCACACCCAAGUGGACAAUCUUUGCAUGCAAGUGUGGACAACAGAUAGACAUGAAUCAUUUAACCACUGGUUGUAAAUGUGUAACUCGCUGCUGCUCCAGUGCAGUGUGGAGGUGGUG